GCAACAUUGAACUUAAUAAGUGGUAAAGAUUUGGACCCUGAGCUUAAAAUGGACAAGGGUAUCAUAGGUAACCAACGAUAAGCCCCACGCUGCAUGAUAAGCGCAUGCCCCGCCAAAAAAAUAACCCAGCAGUCCCAAAGCUCUUUCUUACAUUCAUUGACAGUAAAAUAACUUCAACCUUUACUAAAUUUAUCUUUCACACUCACCACUAAAUUCCCCACCACAUAAUUCAUUUGUACCAGAACUCACAAUUACACCCACCUUGGCUCCAGGAGCCAGCCAUUAUUAGUAUGGCAGACACAACAGCAAUGGACAUCGACCUCGAAUCUCCCAUGCCCCCAGCCGCGAUCCCCAUCGAGAGCGACAACGAGACCACCAACCCAGCCACCAAUAAAGCCAAACAACCCAUCGACCCAAACGAUCCCGACCCCAUAGUCGCCAGCUACAAUGUCUACACCAACGCCCCCUUGCCCGAAAACCGCAAGCUCCUGAUCCUGCAGCAAGCUAAUAACAGCCACACAUCCAACCGCGCCCCCCCGCCCCAGAUCAGCGAGGUACGCCUCAAGGCAGAUUCCGGCUUCAUCGAGGUGGACUACCCCAUGGCCCACGGAAACUCAGACUAUGACCGCGACAAGGGCCUGCGCUGGGGAGGCGCGCUUGGUCGCAGUGUCGCGGCUAAGAAUGGUGGCACCCAUGGUCUGGCUGGUGGCUUCGGCGUCGGCGUGCCAAAUAGAGCUGGUGGUGGCGGCGGCGCGGGAGGAGCGGGAGCUGGUCGUGGUGCGGGGAAGCGUCAGGACGAUCUGGAGCGCGAGCUCAGCAUGCUGGACUGGAGCGAGGCCGUCCGCCAGGAUAAAGUGUUGCGGACGAGAACGUUGGGGGGGCAGUUCCCCAUCGAGAAUGAGACGAAUUGCCGUUGGAUGGUGGGAGUAUUCAAGGGCGACCAAUUACACCUGACCCCCGCAACAUCACUGAUCAACCUGCGCCCCCAACUCCACUACGUCGACGCCCUCGCCGAGCAAGAGCGCCUAAGCCGAGCGCGCGAAAACGCCUCAGCCGCCGGUCCGGGCCCCGGUGCCGGCGGAGCAGCAGCAGGCAAAGAGGGCGCAGGGCCCCAAGGUCCCGGCGGUGCCGCCAAGGCGAUCCACAUGUCGAUCAAGAGCGCCGGCGCCGAGGGCGGCGAAGCCGUCGUCGACACCAUGAUCGAGCGGCUGCGCAAGGUCCAAGUCGAGCAGUGGAGCAAGCUGCACUACGAGGACGAGGAGAGCUACAAGGCCUGGAACGUCUUCCACCAGAACUUCCUCUACUCCCGCGCCCUACCCCGCGACGCCGACGACGACAACGAUGACAAAAACGGCAAUACUAGCAAGGGCAAAGGAAAGGAAACAGCAACCAAACUGGCCAACAUACCAGACAUAAACGACGAAGCCAACCAUGCCGCGCUGCCCAGGUACCAGGCCCAGUGGUCCGAGACCGACUUCCUCAAGGCCGUCAGCGGCAUGACCUCUGACCCGCAGGCCGACGCGAAGAACGGCGAUGACGAUAUCGAGAUCAAGGCCGAGGUCAUCAACCUUGGCGACGCCGCCAAGAAAUCUGGCGCCGCUGCUAGGGGCGGUGGUGGUGGUAAGGGUAAAGCCCCCACUGCUGCUGCUUCCGCUCUGGCGGGUACUGCUUCGUCGUCGACAGCCGCUAAGAAGGGCGCCCGGGGGAAAUCUGUCACUUUUAAGGAAUGAUUUAAAUAUGAUUAGCUGGCUCGCUUGCUCGUUGGUGGUGGUGGUGGUGGUUGUUACGCUUAAACGUUGAAAAGGGGAAUGGGGGUUUUUGGGGGAUGGGGUAUGGGGG